AACAGGGGAGUUGGCAUCAUCAGCGUCAGCAGCAGCAGUGACAGCGAAGGCAAGGGGAGGGGCGGUAGUGCUGGUGGUGCUAGUGGUGGUAUUGGCGGUGGUGCUGCUGCUGCUGUUGGUGCUGGUUCUGGUGUUGGUGUUGCUAGUGAUGGGAGAAGGGAGGCGGAGGGAAAGGAGAAAGGGAAGAAGGGGCUUUUCAGCCUCGGCGGCGGCAUAUUUUCUCAUCGCCCGUGGUAGCAGCACCAGCAACCGCCACACCACGAAUAUUAUCAGCACCUAUAGCAGCACGAGCAGCACCCAAUGUGGCAGCACGAGCAGCUCCCAAUGUAGCAGCACGAGCAGCACCCAAUGUGGCAGCACGAGCAGCACCCAAUGUAGCAGCACGAGCAGCACCCAAUGUGGCAGCACGAGCAGCACCCAAUGCAGCAGCUCAAACUGAUGAAGGAGGGGAAACCAGGGCAAGGGGGAGAACUUUCUACCAUCAACGCCAGCGGCAUAUUUCCCCACCGCCAUCAGCACUGACAGCACUGACAGCACCAGGGGUAGCAGCAGCAGCAACUGAUGAAAGAGGGGAAACAAGGGCAGGGGGGCGAACUGCUUUCCAGCCACGCCAGCAGCAUGGUUCCCCAUCGCCACCAGGGUAUUUUUGAGAAUUCUAAAAAAUACCCUGCAAAUUCAAGGACUUUCCAGCCACGCCAGCAGCAUGGUUCCCCAUCGACACCUGCACUGACAGCACCAGCAGUAGCAGCAGCACCACCACCACCAGUCGCAGCAGCAGCAGCACCAGGGGUAGCAGUAGCACCAACUGAUGAAAUAGGGGAAACAAGGGCAGGGGGGCGAACUGCGUACCAGCAACGCCGGCUGCAUGCUUUCCCAUCAACACCAGCACUGUCAGCACCAGCACUGUCACCAGCAGCAGCAGCAGCAGGAGCGCCAGUGGCAGCAGCAGAAGCACCAGCAGUAGCAGGAACAGCAGCAGCACCAGCGGCAAUCUCAGCACGACCGAAACAACGCAAACCUCAUAAGGCAGUUGCAGCAGCAGCAGCAGCAGCAACAGCAGCAGCAGAACCAACAGCAGCUGCAGCAGAAGCAGCAGCAGCACAAGCAGCAACAGCAGUACCACCAGCAGCACCAGCGGUAGCAGGAGCAGCAGCACCACCACCGGCGAUCGCAGCACCAGCAGCAGCCGCACCACGACCGAAGCGACGCAAACCUUAUAAGGCACCUGCAGCAGCAGCAGCAACAGCAGCAGCAGCAAAAACAGCAGAACCAUCAGCAACAGCAGCAGCGCCACCAGUAGCAACAACAAUAACAGCACCAGCAGCAGGAGCAGGGGCAGCAACAGUGGCAUUACCGGCACCUGUAGUAGCACCAGUGUUAGCAGCAGGGGCAGCAACAGCAGUAUUACCGGCACCUGUAGUAGCACCAGUGUUAGCAGUAUCAACAGCAGCAACAGCUGCAUUACCAAUGGAACGAUCAGCACCAGCAACUGCAACACCAGCAGCAAAAGCAGUACCAGCAGCAGCACGAGCAGCAACAGCAGUACCAGCAACGGCAACACAAGCAGUAACAGCAGCAGCAGCAGCACGAGCAGCAACUGCAGUACCAGCAGCAGCACUAGCAGCAACAGCUGUACCAGCAGCGCCACCAGUAACAGUAUUACCAACACCAGCCCGACCAGCACCACCAGCAGCAACAGCACCACCAGCAGCAACAGCACCACCAGCACGGCCAAAGGGAAGCAAGCAUCUCAAGGCACUUUCAGGAGCAAUAGCAGCAACAGCAACAGCAACAAGAGCACCAACAGGAGCAAUGGCAACAGUGCCACCAGUAACAGCAGCAGCAACAGCAACAACAGCACCAGCACCAGCACCAGCACCAGCACCAGCAACAGCAGCAACAGCACCACAAUCAACAUGGUUUUGCCAGUAGCAGCAGCGAGAGCACAAGACGCACCAGCAGCAGUAAUAAUUUUUGGGCUCCGCACCCACCACCACCAGGAUUAUCAGCGGCAGCAGCAGGGGCGGAAUGGAGGAGUGGUGAAUGGGACGAGCAGUGAACGGGUGUGGUGGAAGCUGCAGGAGUGCAAUGGAGAAUGCAUACAGGCCGAGAGGAGGGAGAGGACGGACAAGGGGUGUGUGAGGGACUUAGGGGAGAAGUGAGAGGACGAGUGAGGAUUGAAAGGAGUGAGACAAGUGAGAGGAGUGAGGAGUA